GGCGGGGCCGCUGGGUCCCGCGGUGGCGGCUUUCCUGGGUCAGCUGCAGCGGCUGCGGGGCGCGCAGGCGGAGAGGCCCGGCUGGCCCGGGGGCUUCGGCCUCGGGCGUCGGGAAAUGGCGGCGGGGGGCAGGAUGGAGGACGGCUCCUUGGACCUCACCCAGAGUGUUGACGAUGACCCCCUCCUGGACAUGCAGCACUUCUCACACCCAUUACACGCCCAUUUCAGACCCAGGUUCCAGCCUCUUGCUACAGUCAGCGUGGCAAGCCUCCUCCUGUUCCUGCAUGUGGUAUUUGUUGUCCUGGCCUUCCUGACGGGGGUGCUGUGUUCAUACCCUAAUCCAACCGAGGACAAGUGCCCAGGCAACUAUACCAACCCACUGAAAGUACAGACCGUCAUCAUCCUCGGCAAAGUUCUGCUGUGGGUUCUGCAUUUCCUGCUGGAGCGCUACAUCCAGUAUCAGCACAGCAAAGUAAGGAGCCGCGGCUACAGCACCAUCUACCGAGGGACACGGCACCUGAAAAGGCUCGCCCUGCUGAUACACUCCGCUGGUAGCACGGCCCUUCUCUUCAUACUGUGCAUACAGCAUUCCUUUCCCCAGGCCAGCAGGUUGUACCUUGACCUCAUCCUGGCCAUCCUGACCCUGGAACUGAUCUGCUCCUCUACGUGUCUGCUUGUUUACACAGUGAAAAUUCGAAAAUUUAAUAAAGCCAGACCACAGCCUGAUGUACUUGAAGAAGAAAAACUCUGGGCUUACCCCAGCAAUCCUACCUCAGAGACUGGAUUCCGGCCCGUCUCAAGUCUUGAGGAAAUUGUGGAAAAGCAAGGAGACAUCAUCCUGUACCUGAAGCGCCACAAUGCACUGCUGAGCAAGCGGCUCUUGGCGCUCACUUCGCCUGACUCCAGCUCCCAGCCAAGCCGGAUGUGAGGGCCAAGGUGAAGACCUCAAGGCGAGGAGUCCGGAGUCUCCUGACACUGGGCAGCUGCCACAGGAAAUCGCAGCUUUUCCCAGAGUAACAUUUGGUACGAGUACUUGACCUUGGUUCUCUCCUGUGUGGCUGGUUGAUGUGCAGGGCUGCCGGAUCCUUUGACAGGUGCUUGGCGGAAGUCUUGAUAACCCAAGGAAGAAUGUCUGCUUGGCACACUUGGGGAUUAUUGAACUGCUUGGUUUAUCUGUCGAUUAAAGGCAUAGUUCAAGCA